CCUCACUAAUAUGUCAAACUGUAUCUACCGAGGUAGGUAGACAUGCCAUUCUCAUUACGACACUCACGUGAUAUCGCGUUCCACUCAACGCGUCCCACCACGUACCGUCUCAAACCACCAAUUUCUACCAUCACCAGUUCUUCACGAACCUCAACUCAUCUCAACUCACCUCAAAAUGGAAACAGGCCCGUUAAUCCCCGCCUCCCAAGCAUCCCAUCUCCUUUCCUCAUUCACUACCUUCCUAACACUAACACUGCACACCCUCCUAUACCACCGCGCUCUCUACCCCAAGACAACCUUUCUAACCGCUCGAGCCCUUAAUCUCCCCGUCCAUCAAUCCCGCCAUCCCGGUCUCUGCACAUGGAUAAACGACGCAGUGGCUUCAGUAGCGGCACAAUUACGCAAAGGAACUGUACGUCGUAUAGCUAUUGCGAUGCAUGCUGCAAAGACGUUUGAUGUUCUGGAGAGAUGGGUCUUUGACGUUGAUUUAUUUCCUGCCGGGUGGGGUGAUAGAGAGGAGGCGACUUACAACCCUGCGUUGGUGGAGGGUGACGAUGAUGGUGUGGUGAAUUGGACGGAUGUUAAUGAGGCCCUUAGAGGUGCUCUGAGGAGGGUGGCGCAGAAGGCUCAGAUGAUGCCCGAUUUACCUGAAGGGAGCACUUUUACUGUUGCCGUUGAGCUACGUGAUGAUGCCGCUGCUCCUAUAGGUCAUCCUCAACAUUGGAUUCCUUCUCAACCAAAUCUCCAACCACCAAACGAUACCUCAUUAAAACAAGGCUCUUCCCUCGGUGGUCGGAGUACAACACCAAUUCGUUCUGUCCAGGCCGGUCCUUUAUUCUUUGAAUGCUGGAUCGAACAAAGCAGCCCAUAGCCUCACAAAAUUCACAUAUAUGAUACCCAGCUUGAACAGAUAG